AUGACCGUCCACAACUUGAAUGGCAAAGACUCCGGUCUCUUCAAGCCCCUGGCUAUUUCAAAUGGCAACAUUACCCUUGAACAUCGUGUCGUCCAUGCGCCUCUGACCCGCAACCGCGGCGAGCCAUUGAAUCCUUUCAGCACUCCAGAUCACCCAAAUCGUAUUUGGAUACCUGGAGAAGCGGUCGUGGAAUAUUAUUCCCAGCGUGCGACCAAGGGUGGCUUGAUAAUUUCUGAAGGGAUUCCACCAUCGCUCGAGGCCGCGGGCUGGAAACGAGUCGUGAACGCCGUUCAUGCAAAGGGGGGCAUAAUCUUCUGUCAGCUGUGGCAUGCUGGCCGUGCUACGAUCCCUCAGAUGACCGGAUUGCCCGCGGUUUGCCCCUCGGCCUCUGUGUGGGAUUCGGCGACGGAAUGUUAUUCGCAUCCGCCCGUCGGCUCCACCAAGCCCGUGCCCUACGCUAAUCACCCGCCCAUCACAAUGACAGUGGAACAUAUCCAGCGGACGAUCGCCGAUUAUUGCAUUGCCGCUAAGACUGCUAUGGAUAUUGGAUUCGAUGGCGUGGAGAUCCAUAGCGGAAAUGGUUACCUACCGGAGCAAUUUUUGAGCUCCAAUAUCAACAAGCGUCAGGAUGCCUACGGUGGUACUCCAGAGAAGCGCUGCCAGUUUGUGUUUGAAUUGAUGGAGCAGGUGGCCAAGACCAUUGGUGAGCAGAAUCUGGCUAUUAGACUAUCGCCGUUUGGUAUGUUCAAUCAAGCACGCGGAGAACAGCGUGUUGAGACUUGGACUCACCUGUGUGAGGGUCUGAAGAAGACUCUCCCGUCGCUGUCGUAUGUCAGCUUUAUUGAGCCGCGUUACGAGCAAAUCUUCAGCGUAGAAGAGAAAGAUAAGUUUCUCAAGAGCUGGGGUCUGCUGGAUGUGACCCUUGAUCGUUUCCGCCAGAUCUUUGGCUCCACACCGUUUUUUUCCGCUGGUGGAUGGGACGAUCAAAACUCCUGGGGAGUAGUGGAAUCAGGCAAAUACGAUGCUCUGUUGUAUGGUCGAUACUUUACCAGCAACCCGGAUCUAGUGCACAGACUGAGGGAAAAACUCCCUCUGGCUCCAUAUGACCGAACUCGGUUCUAUGGACCAUUCGAGGACACCACCUUCCAUUAUACCGACUACCCUACGGUAGAUCCGAAGUAG